AUGUCAAAAAAGCUUACCAGAAGCUCAUUAAUUGGUUUUUUCACAUCAGUUAUAAAACUUCAAGAAGAUGCCCAAGCACGUGUAAAUUCUCUCUUCAAAGAUCUUGGAUCCAAUUCAAUUGAAUAUCUACAUAACACACUAAAAUCUCUCCAACACAAUAACUCCUCAAAUAAAUUUGAAAACUAUGAAAUCCCAAAUCCCCACAAAACCCCAGAUAAGCCCUCAAAUUCUAACACUUUAAAUAAGUAUGAAGAGAAUAAAGAUGGAAAAAAUGGCUCGAAUAUUAAUAGCGAAGAAAUCACUAAUAAUAUCCAUCAAGACUGAGUGGUCGAAGAAGCAUUGGUAAUCUCAUCAAUACCAGCAAAAAGACAAAGGAAAAAAAAUAAAAUGGAUUUUCCACUGCUUGAUGAAUACCGAGAGCGUGCUGAAAAAUACAAAGAAAUGAUCCGCAAGCUCUAUUCUAUUGGAACAAAGGCAAAGACAAUAGGUAAAUUAUUUAGCAUUCCUUUAGUGCAUAUACAUAUUAUAGGAGAUUGAUCUCAAACUCCCCCAGAGGAAGCUGCGCGAUAUAGAGAAAUGAAGAAAAGAGCUCGAAAAUUAGCAGAUGAAGGGCUUUCAAUAAAAGAAAUUAGCAAAGAAAUAUCAAUCACUAAAGCAAUUGCUAACCUUAUGCUAAAUGCAUUCCCUCUUGCAAUAGUUAUAAAAUCGCCAAAAGAGAAAAAGCGAUUUAUUGAAGCAGCUAUAAAGGAAAAUAUGUCGAAAAAUACAAUGGUAGACACAAUUGGCAUUCGCAAUAAAGUUUAUCUUUGGAUAGAUCAUUUGAAUAACAACGAGGAUUUUAGUGAUGAUGAAUAUUUAGAAGACGAUGGAGAAUAUGAUAGGGAGUUUAUUAGAACAGUGCUUUAUGAAUAUUAUCUUACUAGAUCCCCUCAAAUAGUUGCAAGAAGAUAUGGAAUUUCAAGUCAUGAAAAAAUUAUUCAAUGAGCUCGAAGUCUUGAAAAAAAACAAAAAAAGAAUAAUGUGGAUAGGUAG